CUCCUCAGGGAACUGCUCGUGUGUCUGUGUAGCAGCGGUUGCAGCAGCUGCGCUCAGAGUGAAAACACUGACGUCGUGAUGCUGCUGACUUCAUCGUGGAAGCCGUCAGCUGCAGCUGCAGACGAGGUCAGCGACCUGGACUACCUGCUGAAGAUUCUGCACUGGUCGGGCACGAUGCGCCACCCGCACGCUGGUCCCUGGGCCAGCCGCGUCCACUACACGAUCAACGCGUUCUCGACGGUGGCGCUGCUGCUCUUCAUUUGCUCGCAGGCUGUUCUCCUUUGGCGCGACGGAGCGACAGACCUCGAGGGGUUCACCCUCUCACUGAGUGUCCUGAAUACGGCGAGCAUCGUAAUGAUCCGCCUCAGGCACAUAGCAGCACGGGAGGCAGAUUUCCACAGGCUUGUUAUGCAGGAGCGCUGCGACUUCGGCGAGUUCCUCAGCGCCGACGACUUGCGGCUGCUUCACCUUAGACGCCGCUCCAUACGGCGGGUCGUUUCCGCCUACCUGUUGUCGGGCGUCUUCAUAUCCAUCGUGUACAUCGCUACACCCAUCAGCGCUGAAGGGCUGCCGUAUAUCCUGGCGCUGCCGUACGAUGCGACGCAGCCGCUCGCCUUCGCGGCCACGUGGCUCUACUGCGCCUACAUUGCCUUCAGCGUGUGUAUCGAGACCACGGCUGCCGACUCCUUCAACAUCAGCCUGAUGGUUAUCUAUUAUUCAAAUACUUUGCCUGAUCAACGUGAUAUGCUUACCAAUAGCUGA